AUGUGGAGGCUGAGGAUCGGAGCGGCGGCUAAAGAUGAUCAUCACUUGUUCAGCACCAACAACUACGUGGGCAGACAGACUUGGGAGUUUGAUGCAGAAGCAGGCUCUCCCGCAGAAUUCGCUGGGAUGGAACAAGCUCGCUGGAAUUUCUCGCUCAAUCGGUCACGUUUCAAAACCAGUGGCGAUCUCCUAUGGCGUAUACAGUUUUUGAGUGAGAAGAAGUUUGAGCAAAAGAUCCCGCGAGUGAGAGUAGAGGACGCGGAAAAAAUAACAUAUGAAGAUGCCAAGACGACGAUGAGAAGAGGAAUACUCUAUCUCGCGGCGUUGCAGGCUAAGGAUGGACACUGGCCUGCUGAGAACUCUGGUAUCAUGUUCUUGAACUCCCCAUUCUUCAUAUGCUUAUACAUAACUGGACACCUGGAAGAAAUCUUCACCGUGGAGCAUCGCAAAGAGUUUCUACGUUACAUGUACAACCAUCAGAACGUAGAUGGUGGGUGGGGAAUAGACAUAGAGAGCGACAGUUGUAUGCUAAGCACGGUCCUCAACUACAUCUGCCUACGGAUUCUAGGAGUAGAACCAGAACAAGGAAGUACUUGUGCAAUGGCUCGUAAAUGGAUUCUCGACCACGGUGGUGCUACUUAUACCCCCUUGUUUGGAAAAGUUUGGCUUUCGGUUCUUGGAGUGUACGAUUGGUCUGGCUGCAAAUCUAUACCACCCGAGUUCUGGAUGCUCCCUUCUUUUUCUCCUAUUAAUGGAGGUAUCGUUUGGAUUUAUUUUCGGGAGAGUUUUAUGGCAUUGUCAUACCUGUACGGUAAAAAAUUUGUAGCUACACCAACACCUCUCAUUCUACAGCUCCGUGAAGAGCUUUAUCUGCACCCUUAUGGCCAAAUCGUUUGGAGCCAAGCCCAAAACUUAUGCGCAAAGGAAGAUAAAUACAAUCAACAAUCAUAUCUACAAGAUUUGUUUUGGAAAAGUGUUCAUAUGUUCUCUGAAAACAUCCUAAACCGUUGGCCUUUCAACAAAAUCAUAAGGCAAAGAGCUCUUCAAACAACAAUGAAACUCAUUCACUACCAUGAAGAAUCCACCCGAUACCUUACCACUGGAUGUGUGCCAAAGGUGCUUUGUAUGCUUGCAUGUUGGGUAGAAGAACCAGAGGGUGAUUAUUUCAAGAAGCAUCUUGCUCGACUCCACGAUUUUGUAUGGAUUGGUGAUGACGGUCUAAAAUUCCAGAUUUGUGGUAGUCAAAUAUGGGAUACAGGCUUCUCGCUCCAAGUCAUUUUAGCUGCAGAUGACGACGAUGAGAUUAUUCGAUCAACGCUGAUCAAAGGAUACGACUUUUUGAAGAAAUCUCAGGUAACAGAAAAUCCACCUGGUGACCAUCUCAAAAUGUUUAGGCACAUUACAAAAGGUGGUUGGAAUUUUCCUGACAAAGAUCAAGGAUUGCCUGAUUCAGAUUGUACUGCUGAAAGUUUAGAGUGCUGCCUAAUGUUCGAAACAAUGCCGCAAGAGUUCAUAGGUGAGAAAAUGGAUGUAAAGAGGCUCUAUGAUGCUGUCAAUUUGAUUCUCCAUUUUCAGAACAAGAAUGGAGGUGUAACAGCGUGGGAACCAGCACCUGGGAAAACUUGGCUAGAGUGGUUUAGUCCAGUUGAGUUUAUGAAAGACGCAGUUGUGGAGCAUGAGUUUGUUGAAUGCACUGGGUCGGCACUAGUAGCAAUUGCUCGGUUCAUGAAACAGUUUCCUGAAUACAAGAGAAAACAAGUGAAAGACUUUAUAAAGCAUGGAGUGAAAUACUUGGAGAAUCUUCAAAUGUCUGAUGGUUCUUGGUAUGGAAGCUGGGGAGUGUGUUUCAUAUAUGGAACCUUCUUUGCGGUAAGAGGUCUAGUGGCUGCAGGUAAGACUUACAACGACUGUGAGGCUAUCCGUAGAGCGGUUCGGUUCCUUCUUGAGACACAAAACGAGGAAGGUGGUUGGGGAGAGAGUUAUCUCUCUUGUUCGAAAAGGAGAUACGUUCCACUUAGUGGAAGAAACAAGACAAAUCUUGUGAAUACAGGCCAAGCGCUUAUAAGUUUAAUUUUGGGUGGUCAGAUGGAGAGAGAUCCACGUCCGGUUAAUCGUGCUGCCAAAGUCUUGAUCAAUUCACAGUUGGAUAACGGAGAUUACCCACAAGAGGGAAUGAGUGGGGUGUUAAGUGUAAAUCUGAAGCUCCAUUAUCCUAUGUAUAGGAACAUUUUCACUCUUUGGGCACUCGCAUAUUACACGCAGGCUCUACGUCCCCUCCAGUGAGCAGUUUACUAUUCCUUCUAAAUAGUUUUUUCUUCUCUAUGUAAACAUUUUUUCU